AUGGAUGGAUCCUUUGAAAAAACUCAUCAAAGGUAUCAAGAUGCAUUAAACCAAGCCUUGACAGAAUUCAAAUCAUUAUUAUCUUCAAACCAAUCAAAACACUGGAAACCGAUCCCUCCCACAGCUACUCAACUAAACUCUCACACACCUUUUUCGGAAUCCAAACCGAAUCCACGUGAAUUCUUGAACGGCAUUGGACCACUUGAUUUUGCAAAUGUACAGAUCCAUCGUAAAAAAUCAGAUGGUCAGAUCGUAGUGAGAGCGAUUAGUGAUCUUUGGAUCGAUCAAUCAAAGCUAGACAUUGAUGAUUUUAAAUCGAUUUUAAAUAUUCCGGAAAUUAGAGGGGUUUGGGAUAAUUUAGUCGAUCAAGCUAAAGUGCUGGAAGUCUUGGAUUCCAAUACUAGGAUUGUUAAAACAGAUUUCAGAUUAGGAUGGCCAGCAAAUCCAAGAGAUUCGAUCACUAUCACCAAAACGUUUCAUGAUUCGAAUACGAUUAUUGAUAUUUCAACUUCGCUACCUCCUUCAGUAGACGAACCUGUCUAUCUAAGACCUUCACCACCCUUUGUACGAUCUCAUGUACACUUAUUAGCUUGGUGUAUUCAAUUCUCUCCUCAACCUCCACCGCAAUCCAAUUCCCACAACACUUUAGAUCCUUUAGGUCAUCAGAUCUCUUUAGAAGAAUUACCGACGAGCGAAUCAUCCAAAGCACCACUUAAUCAUAAACCGGUCAUCACUACAGCUCGGAUCACGGUGUUUUGGAAAGUGAAUUGGAAGGGUGCAAUCUUUUCGACUCAUCAUUCUCAAAUCGCUUCCUUAUUAGGUGGAUUCAUAGAGUAUAUGCGAGCCAAGGCCGAUCGGAUCCCUUUGCUUUCAUCAUAUGGUAAAGGAAUCGAUUUCGGUUCCACCACAUUUGAUAAAUCAGAAGAGAAAUUGACUAUUGAAUAUGCAGUGGUCAUGAUGGAGACACCAAGUCCAGAACGAACUGAAAUUCCUUCAUUACAUGUAAAUCAACCUGAACCCAAUCUAGAAGAUUCAAGUCGAUUAGACCGUUCGAUUGAAUUAAAACUUCCCAUCAAUCAAGGUUGGAAUGUUCAAAUCAGUUCAAAUGGUCAAGGAGAAGGCACAGAUGAAACUUGGAACACGGUGGCUGAAAAAGGUUCAUGUUCAUCAAGAACUUCACUUAGGAUUCAUCAUGCACCACUUACGGGAUCUCAUCAGAUCGUCAAGGUCAAGGUGACGGUUCAAAGAUUAGCCGGUGGGAAUUCGUUACGUGUGAAUCAGAACCCUAUUAAGAUUGUACCGAUCGAAUCAAGCUCUUUGAUUCAAGCACCAUGUGUUUUGUUAGAUGAAACCAAAAGUAUCAGUAAUCUUAGUGUUCAAACCGAAUCUACUGAGAUUUCUAAACUCACAGCGGAUAAAUCUUUACCUGCUUCAGAAACCUGUCUUAAAGCUUCUACUUCUUCUACUUCACGUCCUUUGAUCAGUUCACUCUUCAAACGUUCAACGCCUGCAACACGUGCGAAUGCGAUCUCGGCUCUCUUACGAAGAAGUUAUAUUUACUUUAGUUCACUUUUACAAGAACCUGAAGCCAAAUGGAAACAUAUCAGUGAUUCAAGAGGCGUGACUGUUACUCAGCUCCAAUCUAUCGAUCCAACCUUAACUGUCUACAGAGCAGAAGCCACGUUUGUAGGAAUAGGCGUUUGGAACGUUUAUAGUGCCAUCAAUACGAUUGGUGCAAGAAUCACAUGGGAUUCGAGUUUAUCAGAUGCGAUUCUUUUAGAAGACUUGAACGAUUUAAGUUCUUUAUGGCAAAUCAAACAAAAAGGUUCAUGGCCCGUUGCUCCACGUGAUUCGGUGUUGAUCACCACAACUUAUAAGUCUCCUACUUCGGUUCAUAUCUUUUCGGUUUCGACGGAUGAUUCAAAGAUGUUUCCGACGAUUAAACCGGCUGAUCUUGGAUCGAUUCGAACUCGAACUGAGAUUCUGGGUUGGUCAAUCGAAGCUUUGUCUCCUACUACUACUCAAAUCACUUUGAUUGAUCAGCAUGAUCCUAUGGGUUGGUCACCUAAGAGUUGGACACCGGCACAACUGAUUUCACAAGUAGCCGGGGUAGGAGAAUAUGCUCUUAAAUCAGGAGGUCCUCCGAUCAUCACACGUGUCUUGGGUGCUAAAGUUUCGGUUUCAAAGUAUGAUCAUGAAAAAGGAAUCUUUAGAGCCGAGUAUUCUACGAAUGAUGGAUCUUUAAUGGCUUCAAUGCAAGAUCCCAAUGAUCCGUUCGGGUCUGAAGUUUCAAAACUUUCAGCGGUCGAAUGUGAGAUUAGAUGUGAUUGUGAAACAUGGGCAAACUCAUUGGAGAUUGUUGUCAACCCACCACCUACUAAAUCGACUUGUUUAAAACGUCAUAAGUUAUCUUCUGGUGGUGGUUGGUGGGUCAUGAUCGAACAUGAUCUUUCAAGCUUGGCUCAAGAAACUGUUAGGAUCUCGAUUAGACGUGGAACCCAUCAUGGUGGAAAAGAGAAGUCUUGGGUGAUCUUGAAUGGAACUUCUUUACAUGUCGAUAUAGAAGAAUUAUCGGAUCAAGAAGUGAUGAAGUUAUCGAAACGAACCAGGGUGAAAGCUAGUCUGAUACCUCUCGAUCAAUACUCUUUGAGCGGUCCACGUCUUUGGCGUAACAAUAGUCCUUGUGUUAGUCCACCAGCUUCUAGAUCCAAUACGCCCGUACCAGAGAAAGAAGAAAAAGAACCCAACAAGAUCACCACUUCGCCUACGGAAUUCACCCCCUCAACCGGUUCUUCUGGAAGUUCUCCAAGUUCAAGUUUACCACAAUCAGGUGGUCCACCUAUCGUACCACCUAUGAUCUGUGCAUUAGAAGCUUUGGCUAAAUUACAAUCGUUUCAUAUUGAACAAGGACCGGAUGUGAUGAUUCCUCCUAUUGGAUGGACCUUGGUUAGUGAAAAAGGAAAUUCAUCGGUUUAUAAGAAACUCGAUCCAUCUAUCUCCGAUGUCUUUCCGGUUUAUCGUGGUGAUCGAGUUAUCGAAGGAGUCACAGCCGAAGAAAUGGUUUCAGUGAUUUCGGCUUUUUCUACACGGCCUAAUUGGGAUGAUCGAAUCGAAUCAUCGAAUCUGAUUGAAUCUUAUGGAAACGGAUGUUCGACUUUACAUUUGAUUACUAAACCGAAUUUCCCAUUCAAAGGUAGAUCAUUACAACUUUCGAAUAUAGUUUCACAGAUGCAAGUUCCAUCUUCUUCGAUCGGUUCGAGUAUGAGUACAGUACAUUUUAUUGCCAGUGCAUCGUUUUCGAGACCGAAGGAUCGAACGAGUUUUUUGACGUCUAAACUUAACUCUCAUGCUUUGGUUGAAGGAAAUGUCUUAUUAGAAGGAUGGAUCAUGGAAACUAUUGAUCCUUAUUCAGUUAGUUUCCAUACGAUUCCUUCGACUCGAUGUACAUUUUUUACUUCGAUUGAUUAUAGAGGUUCAUUACCUGUGGCAUUUAAUUCAAUGUUGAAUUCAAGUUUACCUAGAUUGAUUAGUGGAGUUGAAAGAUUGGUGAAGGCUUUUGGUCCGUUGCCUAAGCUUUGUCAACCUUGUUUGGGGUUGGCUAUCGAUGGUUCAUUGGCUACUGAUCGGAUGGAUGAAUUGGAAUGGAGGUUGAAAGAUGAACAUCGACCCACAGUGGCUGUUUUGGUCGAUGCAGUGGGGUCGGAAAGGUUUAUCUGUACGGUUCUUUUACGGAAAGGAUCGAAUGAGAUCCCAUCGUCUACAAGUUUGAUGUCUAACCAUCUAAAUCCUUCGAGUUCAACUUCUCUUCAGAAUGGAACGAUCUCUAAUAAUUUGACUUCGAGUAGGUAUGAUGUGGUAAAACAUUUACGUGGACUUUCUUCUACUGUGAUUGGAAAUCAUGAUCAAUUGAUCGGAUUGGCAGGUAAAUCGGAUGUGAGAAGAUUAGUUUCGAACCCGGAUCUUAGAAGGAAAUCUAGUUUAGGACAAAUCAGAAGAUCAGGAGUGAAUAGUGUACCGAAUCCACAUCAUCAUUUGAAUCAUUUGAAUCAUAGUUUGAAUCCGAUUGGAUUUCAUCAUGGUGAUUUGGUGGUCAUGGAAAUUAGUAUUGAUAGGAAAUUGUAUCCCCAUGGAUUCAAGAUUGAUUGGAAAAGUAAGUUUGUUAAGGAAAAUGAAUCGAUUGGAUUAGAUCCAAGAUUCCAACUUCUUCAACCAUCAUCAUCAGUUCAAAACCAUUCUCAAAAUCAAGGAUUAGAAACAGAAGAGAAAGAAGAAAUCGAUUUACCGAUUGAGGUUUCGAUACAUGAGAUGCCUUGUCCUGCUGUAUUUGCUGCAUCAAUAGAUACGAAAGAAGAAAAAAGAGAACAUCUUUUGUUACGGAUGGUUUUACGAUUAAACUCGGUUCAUUUGAACUCUUCAUCAGUUGUUCAAGAUCCUUUAAGGAACUUAAGUGAUCGUGAAUCAAAAGAUGAAGUAAAGGGAAAUCUUCCGGGUUGGUAUAAUGAAUUAAGUCAAAAGAACGUUUUGGUUAAAGUGUCUAUUGUGCCUUUGAAAAAAGUCUCUGGAGGGAUUGGCAUUGGGGGGAAUGGGGGGAAUGGGGGGAAUGGGAAAGAAGUGAUAUGUAAUGAGAAAGUUAUGGAGAUUAUUCCUUUGCUUGAGAGUCAGACUGAGUUGGAUAGAUGGGAAUGUGAUAAUUAUGUGAUUAGUCCAUGUUCGAUAUCAAGGAUGAAUAGAACUCUUGAAGGAUCAAGUACAAGUAAACCGACCGAAUUAAUGGAUGUCUUGCCUAACCUUUUAAAACGUCCGUUGGUGAUUGGUUAUGAUUUUUUGAAUCCGAUUCAAGUUGAUUUGAUUAGUUCACCUAAGAUUGGAAGUGAUGGGAUCAAGAAGAUGGGGAUGAUUGAUGGAACUCCUCAGGGUUUGUUGCCUGUGCUUGAAGAUCUUGGAAAUGAUUUGGAAGGUUUAAAGAAUGGACAAGGGGUUGGAACACAUAAGUUGAAUGGUGAUGUAUUAAAAUCUCAACAACCAACAAGUUCACACUUCCAACCCGUUUUGGAUUUCUUACACCGGUUCUUAUCAAUGGAAACGAUAAUAAAGUGGAUCGAAACGAUUUCAAAAUGGAUCGCUCAACCAACCUAUACCCCAAGAAGGUUUCAAACUUACGAACUCAUCAUGUGUUGUUUGAUUUCAUUCUUAUUAGGAUCUUUUUUAAGAUCAUUGGUUUUACCUUCUGAUUGGAUGAUUUGGAUUCCUUAUGAUCAGUUUGAUCAUCGAGAAGAUCAUAGGGUUUUGGAGUUUCUUAAGAGGUUUGUUUACAUGCAUGGGAGUGGGGAUGGGGGAUUGGAUUGGAAAGAAAUCGUUCGGGUCGUCGAGCUUAGGGUUUGGGGGUUUAAGGGUUGGAGUUUGGUUUUGGCUGCUGUGAAGGAUUUGGAAUGA